AUGUCAAGUGAAGUGACGAGAGCUGAAAACGAAUAUUCUAAAAAGACUCAUACACAUUCUAUAUCUGAAAUAACAGACUUAAACGUUAGCCUUGAAAAUAAGGUAGAUAAGGGACUUAUGGCUAGUGUGUUAGUGAAGAAGGCGGAUAAGGAAUAUGUGGAUGAAAAAGAUAACGAAAUGAAAGAAAGGGUUGACUGGUACCAUGAAUGGACAUCGAAGACUUUUAAAGUUAAAGCCGAUACAGGAUGGGUUUCAGGAUGUUUAAGACCUUAA